AUGGCAUCGCCCCGGCAAAUCGAGUUGAACCGCUGGCUGACGCAAUCUACUGCGCCGGAGAUCAUCCAGGUGGUCCAGGAGAAUCUGGCAGAGUUCAACCUUGUAAACUGCACGACAGCCCUGCAGCGCUACGCCAAAGCGCUGGGCUCGGGUCCAGGCCGGCCGGAUGCCGCACGAAGGGGCGGGCAGCAGCGCCCGGCUGAAGCGGAGGAACCUCUCAGGCGGCUCCUCCUUCGCACCGCUGAGCUGGCGCAGGCCGCUGGUACCCAGGUCCCGCCGCAGAAUCUUGCGAACGCGCUGUGGGCCGCAGAGCGCCUCGUAGCCUCGCCGGGGGCGCCUCAGGCAACCCUGGCGGCCAUCGCUCGGAAGGCCAUGGGCGAUCCGAAGCGCUUGAGGGCGUUUAGCGGGCAGCACUUAGCUAACAUCGCCUGGGCCAUUGCAAAGCUUCUGACAGGCAGCUCUGCGGCCCAGCUGCUUCAAUCUGCUGGCGCCACUUCGCAGGAGGCCUUUCUGGAGCCCCUUUGCUCGGCCUUGGAGACCCGGGCCUGGGACCUAAAUGCACAGGAGCUCUCCAUGGCGGCCUGGGCGCUGGGAACUGUGGGACAUGACAACCAUGCAGCCGCGCGGGUCGUUGCGAUUCUGGGAGAGGCCGCGCGCUGGCAGCCCGAGGGCGCCCAGGGGCUCAGUGCGCAGCAGCUUGCGACCAUGGCCUGGGCUUGUGCCCGUCUCGGUUGCCGCAGCGAGGCUAUACUGCAGGACAUCGCCACAGCGGCCGCGCCCAAAGUGGCACGUGGAGACUUCAACGAGCAGGACCUGGUGAACAUGGCAUGGGCCUAUGGGCGUCUGGAGUUCUCGGCAGAGGCCCUCAGGAAGGUUUUGGCGAAAGCGGCCACCAGAUAUUUGGCCAAGACCGCGCAAUCGGGCCGCCGCCACUCAGGCACGGGUUUCAGUGCCUCGCAACUGGCUGUAGUGGCGUGGUCACUGGCGAGAAUGGGCAUCCGGGAGAGCAAAACUCUGAAGUUUAUUGCCGAGGAGGCGACACAGCGAGUGUCGGAACUCUCCCCGCGGGAUGUGACUGACAUCGUUUGGGCCCUGGCGCACUCGCAAACCCCAGCCACUGGCUUCAUGGCCGCAGCCGCCGGCUAUGCCAAGGCACGGCAGUCCUCUUUCGGCACCCAGGAGCUGCUGCGUUUUCUGGGGGCCUUUCGCCGGGCAGGUGGGGAUGCCGAAGCCUACGCCGAGAUGACCUCAAGGCAGCAGGAACUGCAUUACGACUUCCCGGCGCUGGGGGGUUUACAGGUCGCUCUCCAGGCUGCGACACCUGGGCAGCCAAGCCGCACACGGCGCCGCGUGCGAGCAGCUGCGCUGCGAGAGCAGUCGGAGCUGAAGGGAGACCCACAGCGGGCAGAUGGAGGAACUACAGGAGUAGCACUGUGGGAGGCCUCCUUUGUGCUGGCUGAAUGGCUAUCCAGGCAGGGGGACGGUCAAGGCGGUCUUCUGGCCUGCAGUGCCCUCCAGGAGCUGCUAAAAGGAGCUGGCAAAGCCCAGCGAGCCAGAUGGCGCAGAUGGCACGGCAAGGUGGGGGUGGAGCUGGGCGCUGGCCUGGGCCUGCCGUCGAUCGUUGCCUCGCAGCUGGGCGCGAGCGUCGUGGCAACGGACGGCGACGCUUCUGUGCUGACGCUGCUUCGGCGGAAUGUGGAGGAGAACCGAGGAUCAGGCGCUUUGCGGGCAGAGGCGUUGCUGUGGGGCUCCGAGGACCCCCUCUCCAAGAUUGGCCUCGACGAGCGUCCGGACUUCCUCCUCGCUGCAGAUGUGAUCUAUGCUUCGGCCAAAGAGGCUCUCGGGCGGCAGCUGCUUGACACCCUGCUGAAGCUCUCGAAGCCGGACACUGUGAUAAUCAUCAGCAAUGUAAGGCGCUUUCGCGAGGGCCAAGCCAAGGGCGAGGGUCGCUUCUUCGCGCUCUGUGACAGCUGCUACGAACGCACGGCGCUGGCGCCUGGCGAGCUCCACCCGGACUUCCGGCGGGCUGGAGUGGGCCCGGGCAGCUGUGAGAUUCACUUGCUUCGCCUACGCAGCGACGCUGUGCCGGAGGCACCAGUUGCGCGGAAGCGGCGCGGGGCCGUGAGCAAGGGCACGAAGGUGAAGCGCGUGAGGUGCGCUGCAGCUCCGCCGAAGGAGCUCGUUGCACCGUCAACAUGCACAGAUGGUCCGGGUGCAGCAAGGGUUCGACAAGGCAAGCGCCUGAAGAAGGUCAAAGCCCGCGAGCGCCCUGCAUCUCGGAGCCUUCCGAAAAGCAGCAAGCGGCGUCGCAACUCGCAGCGAGGGAAAGUGACGAAGAUAUCUGACAGCGAUGCUGGUUAUCACGGUAAUGUGCGUUCAUGCUCGAGGUUAUGA